AAACGUUCUUCACACCCUUGCGGAGCGGCGGCAGGUUCAGGGAAAUUGAAGUCCAUUCACUUAUUGUCUUUACGGAAUGGGAGCAUUGCCAUCGUAGAGAUCGUAAAUUAACUGACUUCUGUCAUAGUUGGAACUAACAAAAAUGAGCUCAGCGAGUACAAGCUUAUUAACCUGGACAUCUGACGACUUGAAUUCGAUGUGAUGUUUAAGAAUACCUUACAACCUGCGGACAGUUUGCAGCAGCGCACACGGUGGGGUUUAAACCUGGACCUGGAAGAUGCCCCCUAAUGCUGUGGAGAACGUUCAUAUUUCGGACCAAGUCAGAUAACCUGAUUUGAAGAGUUCGAUGAUGGCUGGAUCAGGUUUUGCGCAUCCUUAAUGCACUUGACUGCGCGAGGAACUUUUGGAGACGUCGGGAAGAUGACGCCUUCCUGCAUGAUGGGAUUCGCUGUGCUCAUGAUAUGCAGAGGGACUGACAGCAGGAUGAUUCUGGAAGGCCUGCAGAGGUUUGGCCCCAUGCCCACCUACCUACCCGUCAGCUACCAGGUCCUGAAUGCCGACUCCGCCUUCUUCCUGAAGGAGGCCAAUCAGGACCUGAUGAGGAACUCCAGCCUCCAGGCGCGAACAGAAGCCUUCUUCAUCCAGCAGGCUCGGAGGAUGCCGUCCCUCAACGCCAGCUACGGGCCCCUCUCUGUUCAGCAACCAGUCCCCCUGGACCUGCUCCAGAACCCUGGGCCUUUCACCAGACCCUCCUCCCCCUCCUCCGCCUCCUCCUCCUCUCCAGCUCUCUUCCCCUUCAACUGGAAGGUCCACACAUACAUCAUCAACGACAGGAUCCACCCCAGCUGGCCCAAGGUCCAAGUGUUGUUCUACGUGGCCGGGAGGGACUGGGACGACUACAGCGCCGUCCACAGGCUGCCAUGCGUCCGCAUGUUCGCCUUUCACGAGACCCAGGAGGUCCGGGGCACCUGCCGGCUCAAGGGGGAGCUGGGGUUGUGUGUGGCCGAGCUGGAGCCCCUGGCGAGCUGGUUCAGCCCCCCCACAGUCAGACCCGGGAGGCAGAGGGCUCCAGAGCAAGCCCAGGGCACCCCCGUGGAGCUCUACUACAUGGUACAGUCCGCAGACAGCGGCGAGUGCAGCUCUGAGGACCCCAAGAAGGCCAGUACCAUCCGUACGGAGCAGCAGGGGCCCUUGGGGUAUUUCUCAGGGCCUACACCCAUGCAGCGCAUCGGGAGCGUGAGGUUGUUCCAGCCCCUUUCAGAGCUGAGGUUGGACGGCAACUUCAUGGUGAUGGUGCCUUCUAGACCAAUCAGACAGAGGGAAACUGUCUCCACCUUUCUGGCGCUUUCCAGCCUCUCACCCAUCCAGAUCUUUACCCUCAGGGUGAAGCUGAAGGAUGGCAUGGCGUUCCUGGGGGCGAGGGCCAGCAACCCCGUCGCGUGGACCGUCAGCCAGGACGUGAGGAGCGAGGGGCACAGGGUCGUCACCCUCCACUGCCGCAGGAAGGACAACACCUUUGCUCAGAGUGGGGAGGCUGCAGGCUACCAGCGUGUUCUUCAGGUGGACCUGGAGGUGAACGGGUUGCUGGUGCCCCUGGGCAGCAGGGUGGUGUCCUGGCAGGUGGAGUACCCCCUGUCCCACUCCCUCACGGACGAGGUGCAGACCCUCAUCCGCCUGGCGCCGCAGGACAUGGGAGGCAUCGUGCCCCUGGCCAUGGACUCGGAGAUUCUGAACACAGCCAUUCUCACCGGACGCACGGUCGCGCUCCCGGUGAAAGUGGUUACCGUGGGAACGGACGGCUCGGUGACAGAUGUGACCGAGUCGGUGGAGUGCAAGUCGACAGAUGAGGAGGUUGUUAAGGUGGGCUUACGACGCACACAC